GUAUUAACAGGGGGAAGACAGAGAAGGGUGGUGUGGGUCAAAAGCCCCAAAUCUCUGUGCAGCCCGUCGUCUCUUCUUCACUCUGCCGUCUCCGAGUCCGAUCGAUCUGGUUCCGUUCUCUCCCGUCGGCGCAGCCAUGGAGUUGGCCGAUUAGGGCUUCGUGCUUGCGUCCUGUGAUAAGAGACGAUGGCGCCCGCGGUCAACGAAAGGCUCGAGCUCGCGAAGCUCUGCAGCGGGCGGAAUUGGUCUAAGGCCAUCCGCGUUCUUAAUUCAAUCAUCGACAAAUCCUCGUCCGUGCAAGAUAUAUGCAAUCGUGCCUUCUGUUACAGUCGGUUGGAGCUGCACAAACAUGUGAUCAAGGACUGCGAUAAGGCGCUGCAGCUGAGUCCGAACGCUCUUCAAGCUUACAUUCUUAAAGGUAAUGCAAUGUCUGCCUUGGGAAGGAAAGAAGAAGCUUUGCAUGUGUGGGAGCAAGGCUACCAAAAUGCAAUUUCUGAUUCAACAGAUUUGAAACAGCUGGUUGAGCUGGAAGAGUUGUUAGGAAGUGCUAAGGAAUACCAAUCUUUUAACUCUGAAGACCAUGUAAUCGAUACAAUAUCAUGUGAAACAAAGGUUGUAGUUUCUGAAGAUCAUGCUGUGGAUUCCUUAAGCACUGAUAUGUCAAUUGCUGAAACCAAGGCAAUUAUCUCCGAAGAUGGUGAUUCUACUAGUGUUACAAAAAUUGUCAUCUCUGAAGAUUAUGUCAGAGACUCCCUUUUACAAAAAACCACAACAACUGAAGCUGAACAUGUUAAUUCUUCGACUAGUACAGUUACAGACAAGAAGUUAGUUAAUGGGCAUAAGUCAGAUACAUCUGGUGUUGAGCUUAAACUUGAUGAUAGCAUAGGAAUGUUAAGUUUUUACAAUGAAACUGCCAAAAUGGGCCGGAAGGUUUUUGUUACUGGUCUUCCAAAGACCAAGUCUAUCAGCUUGGAUUUUCGUUUAUCAAGGGGCAUAGCACAGGUAAAUGAAGGAAACUAUGGCCAGGCUGUAUCCAUUUUUGACCAGAUCCUGAGAGAAACUCCUACUUAUCCAGAGGCUUUAAUAGGAAGAGGAACAGCUUUUGCAUUCCAAAGGGAACUCAAUGCUGCUAUUGCUGACUUCAGCAAGGCUAUACAAAUUAAUCCAUCAGCCGGGGAGGCUUGGAAGCGCCGGGGACAGGCACGUGCUGCGUUGGGUGACUUCAUGGAGGCCAUAGAGGACUUGACCAAAGGAUUGGAAUUUGAGCUGAAUUCACCCGAUAUUUUACAUGAAAGAGGAAUUGUUAAUUUCAAAUUCAAGGAUUUUAAUGCUGCUGUUGAUGAUCUUACCCGAAGCAUAAAUCGUGAUAAGAAAAACAAAUCUGCUUACACAUAUCUGGGUCUGGCAUUAGCCGCAAUUGGUGAGCAUGAUCAAGCUGAAGAGGCACACCUGAAAGCGCUGCAACUUGACCAAAAUUUUGUUGAUGCAUGGGCCCAUCUUGCACAGUUUUACCUGGAUCUGGGUAAUACAGAAAAGUCCAUGCACUGUAUUGAAAAACUUCUGGCUAUUGAAGAAAGGUUUGCCAAAGCUUAUCACCUCCGUGGUCUGCUUCAUCAUGGGACAGGACAACAUAGGAUGGCAAUAAAAGAUUUGUCUGUUGGACUCAGCAUUGACAGCUCAAAUUUAGAGUGUUUAUACCUUCGUGCUUCAUGCUAUCAUGCUAUUGGAGAAUAUGGAGAUGCGGUGAAGGACUAUGAUGCCGUUUUGGAUUUAGAACUUGAUUCCAUGGAUAAGUUUGUAUUGCAAUGUCUAGCUUUUUACCAGAAAGAAGUCGCUCUGUACACAGCUUCAAAGGUCAACAGUGAAUUUUGUUGGUUUGACAUUGAUGGUGACAUCGAUCCACUUUUCAAGGAGUACUGGUGUAAAAGGCAGCAUCCACAUUAUGUAUGCGAGAGAGUAUUCCGGCAACCGCCGCUGAAAGAAUCUUUGAAAAAAGGGCGGCUUAAGAAGCAAGACUUCGUUGUGACAAAACAUAAACAUGUUCUUCUACAAGCAGCAGAUGUUCUUGGCCAGAAAGUGCAAUAUAACUGUGCAGCAUUCUUGUCGAAUAGACGGCAGUAUCGUAUGGCUGGGUUAGCUGCUAUUGAGGUUGCUCAGAAGGUGGCCAAGUAUUGGCGCUUUCUUCGACAUGCAAAUAAAAAUGGUAAACGAAAUAGAAAAAAGGAAAGAAUCAGUAUGGUGAGUCAAAAUAGAGGUGGUGUGUGCUGUAGCACUACUGGUUUAUCAGAAAGUUCAACAUUGCAUAGUUCAAAUGAAGAACGAUCUGCUUCUGGUCGUCAUCUUUCUUGGCAUGAUGUGUACUCUAUUGCGGUCAAAUGGAGGCAAAUCUCUGAACCUUGUGAUCCUGUCGUCUGGAUAAACAAGCUAAGUGAAGAAUUUAUUUCUGGAUUUGGCUCUCACACGCCAAUGCUUCUUGGGCAGGCCAAAGUUGUUCGCUAUUUUCCCAAUUACUCAAGGACUUUUGAUGUAGCAAAGUCUAUUAUUCGUGACCUAAAAUAUGUGAAUAAUGCUGAGGAUAGAUUUAUUGAUCUCUCAGAUCCUGACAAGCUGCAAAAGAUAAAACAUGCAGGAUCAUGCUCUGACCUGUAUAAUGUGAUUGGUGAAAGCUUUUGGGUGGGUACUACCUGCGAGAGCACAGUGUUUGAGGGGAAGCGCCUUGAAGGGACAAGGAUUACUCUCCAAGAAAUGGAUAAGAUAGGUUAUGAUUUUGCAAUUCGUACACCUUGUACACCGCCUAGGUGGGCUGAGUACAGCCAGGAAAUGGCUGCAGCAUGGGAGACCCUCUGCAAUGCUUAUUCCAGUGAGGUUUAUUCCUCAAAUGACGUUAGUGCACUGGAAAAUGUCAGAGAUGGGAUCCUCAGAAUGACUUAUUACUGGUAUAACUUUAUGCCACUGUCAAGGGGUUCUGCUGUUGUUGGUUUUGUGGUAUUGCUAGGAUUAUUACUUGCAGCCAACAUGGAGUUCACGGGAAGCAUUCCUCCAGGCAUUCAGGUCGACUGGGAAGCCAUUCUAUCUUCCAACCCAGACGCCUUCACGGCUUCCAUUAAACCUUGGCUCUAUUCAAAUAUCAGAAUUAAUACAGCUUGGAAAGAAUAUCCGGAUGUUACUUUGGCAUUUGCAACUACAGGCGCUGUCAUUGCUGCUUUAAGUUCAUAUGAUGCUUGAUAAAGCUUUGUUGUGAUCGUCGAAACAUGUCGUCCUUAUUCUGUCUCUCCACUACCUACUUAACUGGGAUAUAUCGUGUAUGAAUUAUAAAGUUUGUUCACUUCUUAGUUUCUAAUCGAGUCAGAUUCUAAGAGGUUAUCGUUUUUUUGCA